AUGUCGGACCCAAGUUUCUGGACGGUCCUUUCCAACUUCACGCUGCCGCACCUGAGGAGCGGCACCCGGCUCCGCCGGACGCAGAGUUGUAGAACAAGCAACAGGAAGAGUUUGAUGGGAAAUGGCCAGACUACAGCCCUGCCUCGUCCUCAUUCACCGCUCUCAGCUCAUCCAGGAAACAGUCCUCAAGAUAGCCCUAGGAAUUUCUCUCCCAGUGCCUCAGCCCACUUUUCUUUUGCACGAAGGACUGAUGGCCGACGCUGGUCUUUGGCUUCUCUCCCUUCUUCUGGCUAUGGUACAAAUACACCCAGCUCAACUGUUUCUUCCUCCUGCUCAUCCCAAGAGAAGCUACACCAGUUACCAUACCAACCGACACCUGACGAACUACAUUUUUUGUCUAAACAUUUCUGUGCCACAGAGAGCAUUGCCAGUGAUAGCAGAUGUAGGACAACAGCAAUGCGCCCUCGGUCCCGAAGUCUCAGCCCUGGACGUUCUCCUUCAUGCUGUGACAAUGAAAUAAUUAUGAUGAACCAUGUCUACAAAGAAAGAUUCCCAAAGGCCACAGCUCAGAUGGAAGAGAGGCUUCAGGAAAUUAUAACAAAUCAUUCUCCGGAGAAUGUCCUUCCCCUGGCAGAUGGAGUGCUCAGUUUUACCCACCAUCAGAUCACAGAACUUGCUCGAGAUUGUUUGGAUAAAUCCCACCAGGGCCUCAUCACGUCACGAUACUUCCUUGAAUUACAGCAGAAACUAGACAAGUUGCUACAGGAGGCUCAAGAGCGAUCAGAGAGUAGAGAAAUGGCAUUUAUUAAGCAAUUUGUCCGAAAAAUCCUGAUAGUUAUUGCUCGUCCUGCUCGCUUACUUGAAUGCCUGGAAUUUGAUCCUGAAGAGUUUUAUUAUCUUUUGGAAGCAGCUGAAGGCCAUGCUAAAGAGGGGCAAGGCAUUAAAACAGAUAUCCCUCGCUAUAUUAUUAGCCAGCUGGGCUUAAAUAAAGAUCCUCUGGAAGAAAUAGCUCAACUAGCUAACUGCGACAGUGGGUCAGCAGAAACUCUGGAAGUGGAUGAAUCAGUAAAUAGUUCUAAUACCUCACUGAAGCUGCGAAGGAAACCUCAGGAAAGUGAUUUUGAAACAAUUAAACUGAUUAGUAAUGGAGCUUAUGGUGCGGUUUAUUUUGUGAGACACAAAGAAACCAGACAAAGAUUUGCCAUGAAGAAAAUUAAUAAGCAGAAUCUCAUCCUCCGAAACCAGAUCCAACAGGCCUUUGUAGAGCGUGAUAUCCUGACAUUUGCAGAAAAUCCGUUUGUUGUCAGCAUGUAUUGCUCCUUUGAAACAAGGCGUCAUUUAUGCAUGGUUAUGGAAUAUGUAGAAGGUGGAGACUGUGCUACUUUGCUCAAGAAUAUGGGUCCUUUACCUGUAGACAUGGCAAGGAUGUACUUUGCAGAGACGGUUCUGGCAUUGGAAUACCUUCAUAAUUAUGGAAUUGUACACAGAGAUUUGAAACCAGACAAUUUAUUGGUAACAUCCAUGGGCCAUAUAAAACUUACAGACUUUGGCCUGUCGAAGGUGGGGCUGAUGAGUUUGACUACCAAUCUCUAUGAGGGUCACAUUGAGAAGGAUGCCAGAGAAUUCCUUGACAAACAAGUCUGUGGUACACCUGAAUACAUAGCUCCUGAAGUGAUACUGAGACAGGGUUAUGGAAAACCAGUGGACUGGUGGGCUAUGGGAAUUAUCCUUUAUGAAUUUCUUGUUGGGUGUGUGCCAUUCUUUGGAGAUACACCAGAAGAGCUGUUUGGACAAGUAAUCAGUGAUGAAAUCAUCUGGCCUGAAAAGGAUGAAGCUCCACCUCCAGAUGCCCAGGAUCUGAUUACCCUGCUGCUCAGGCAGAAUCCUUUGGAAAGACUGGGAACAGGUGGUGCAUAUGAAGUAAAGCAGCAUAAAUUCUUCAGGAACCUUGACUGGAACGGUCUGUUGAGGCAGAAGGCAGAAUUUAUUCCACAAUUGGAGUCUGAAGAUGACACAAGUUAUUUUGACACUCGUUCUGAGAAAUACCACCACAUGGAGACUGAGGAAGAGGAUGACACCAAUGAUGAAGACUUUAAUCUGGAGAUAAGGCAAUUUUCCUCAUGUUCACACAGAUUUUCCAAAGUUUUUAGUAGCAUAGAUCGAGUCAUUCAAACACAAGGUGAAGAAAAGGAAGAUGCAGGAGAAAAAACAAAAAGUGUAACAUUGCCUUCUGUGGAAUCUUUAAGCUGGAGUUCAGAAUAUUCUGCAAUACAACAAGUAUGUGCAUCCCUCUCCUCUGACACUGAGAGUAGCAGGCAGCAGCACAGUUCUGGUUUGCUUCCGAAGUUGGCCAUAUCAGCUGAAGGAGAACAAGAUGAUUCCAGUGGCUUAGUGGGACUCCGGGAGGAACAGGAAAAGCCUGUGUUUGUGAAGGAGGAAGUAGUGCAAGAUGAACCUGAAGUAACCACUCCAGCAAGUACCAUCAGCAGCUCCACACUAUCAGUUGGCAGUUUUUCUGAGCACUUGGAUCAAAUAAAUGGAAGAACUGAGAGUGUGGACAGUACAGAUAACUCCUCAAAGCCACACAGUGAAGUUGCAUCUCACAUGGCUCGUCAGCGAUUAGAAAGCACGGAGAAAAAGAAAAUGUCUGGGAAAGUCACAAAGUCCCUUUCUGCAAGUGCGCUGUCCCUCAUGAUCCCAGGAGAUGUGUUUGGUGUGUCUCCUUUGGGAAGUCCUAUGUCUCCUCAUUCCCUAUCAUCUGAUCCAUCAUCCUCCCGAGAUUCAUCUCCCAGCCGUGAUUCAUCAAUUGCUGCUCCAAGUCCUCAUCAACCAAUAGUAAUUCAGAGUUCAGGAAAAAAAUAUGGCUUCACCAUCCGAGCAAUCAGAGUUUAUGUGGGCGACAGUGAUAUCUACACUGUGCACCAUAUUGUUUGGAAUGUGGAAGAAGGAGGUGCAGCUUACCAGGCGGGUUUAAAAGCUGGAGACCUGAUUACUCAUAUCAAUGGAGAGCCAGUGCAUGGUCUUGUUCAUACGGAAGUCAUUGAGUUGUUGUUAAAGAGUGGCAACAAAGUGUCAGUAACAACAACUCCUUUUGAAAACACAUCCAUCAAGACAGGACCUGCCAGGCGGAACAGCUACAGGAGCCGAAUGGUCAGACGCAGUAAGAAAACCAAGAAGAAGGAGGGUUUGGAGAGGAGAAGAUCGCUCUUUAAAAAGCUGGCCAAGCAACCUUCUCCUCUUCUUCACACCAGCAGAAGUUUCUCCUGCCUGAAUCGAUCACUCUCCUCAGGGGAGAGCUUGCCUGGAUCUCCAACCCACAGCUUAUCUCCUAGAUCACCUACCCCAAGCUACCGGUCUACUCCUGAGUUUCCAUCUGGUACUAACUCAUCACAGAGUAGCUCCCCUAGUUCAAGUGCUCCCAAUUCUCCAGCUGGCUCAGGACACGUAAGACCCAGUACUCUUCAUGGCUUGGGUCCAAAGCUUGGUGGGCAAAGAUACAGAUCAGGAAGACGCAAAUCAGCUGGCAGCAUUCCUCUCUCUCCUCUUGCACGGACCCCUUCUCCAACACCCCAGCCAACAUCCCCUCAGCGUUCUCCAUCACCACUGCUGGGACAUUCAAUUGGAAAUACAAAAAUAGCUCAGUCUUUUCCUAGCAAAAUGCACUCCCCUCCAACUAUUGUAAGGCAUAUUGUUAGACCAAAGAGUGCAGAGCCACCAAGAUCUCCACUGUUAAAGAGAGUCCAGUCUGAAGAGAAACUUGCACCCUCUUAUGGCAGUGAUAAGAAACAUUUAUGUUCACGAAAACACAGUCUGGAAGUGACCCAGGAAGAAGCGAAUAGAGAAUUGUCCCAAAGGGAAGUAACUCUUCAGAGCUUGGAGGAGAAUGUAUGUGAUGUGCCAUCACUCACACGAGUCAGGCCUGCAGAGCAGGGCUGCUUAAAACGACCUAUAAGCCGAAAAUUAGGUAGGCAAGAAUCCAUUGAUGAGCUGGACAGAGACAAACUGAAGGUCAAGAUAGUUAUGAAAAAGCAAGAUUUUGCUGAAAAAGCGAAUGCUGCUAUACAUGAACCUAGCAGUGAACCAGAAAAUCCCAAUACCUUAAGAUUGGAAGAAAGAGACAAAAAAGCAUUUCAGAAAGUUAUAGAAAGAUUGAAUCAGUUUGAAACAAAAACUGUUUCUUUGGAGACUCAGUCAGCUAGUGGCAUACUUAAGGACACUCUUCAAAAGAGUACAAACUUGAGAUUAAAUGAUGGUGUUACUUUAGAUGCACCGCUGUUUUCUCAUGGGCCUCUACCUAAUGAGCCCAGUCAUACUUCUUAUGACUUCAAAAUAAUUUCCCCACCAUGUACACUACAAGAUGUGCUGCCUCAGUCCACUGAUAGGACACUGAAUGGAAAGGGAGAAAACAUGGAUAAAAAUGUACCAACAAAAGAAUUUGUCAAAUUUGAAAGAUUAGACGGCAAACUUGCAAAUAUUGAUUAUCUUAGAAAGAAAAUGUCCAUUGAAGAAAAAGAUGACAUUGUCUGUCCAGUGCUAAAACCCAAAUUGACAUCAAAUGUUCAUGAAUGCCUUCAACUUAAUACAGGUAGGCCCAUGAACAUACAGCAGGAGCCCACUGCUGUAGCUGAUGGAAGAGCAUAUAUCAACAGUGCACAUGCUGCUCCAGUCAGCCCAGUUUCUUUUGUACCUCUCAAGACCUUGAAUGGCCGAGCAGACAUGAGUGUGGAAAAAUCAGCCCUUAUUUCCACUGAGACUCCUGUCAGAAAAAGUCCAUCAGAAUAUAAACUUGACGGAAGGUCUGUUUCCUGUUUGAAGCCAAUAGAAGGCACGCUAGACAUUGCCUUACUUUCUGGGCCACAAGCUUCAAAGACUGAACUGUCGUUGUGCGUGCUGCCAGAAGGACAGAGCACCAGCAGUGAUGGGGCAUCUUCUAAACUCCCAGCACCACAAGGGAGUGGUGGGAAGGCAGAACUGGCCUGUCAGAAAGAGCAGUUGUUAAGCUCUUCAAAAUCUGGCAAAAUCACUGUAUUAGAGGCUCAAGCUCUGCAAACAAGCAAGAGUUCUCCAAGCUCACCAGUCAUCCCUGUGGUUGCAGAAGAAGUGACAGAGAAAAAGGUUUCUAAUCCAGCUACCAAAGGCAAUAUUUGUGUUACUGAAGCUGUUCAAAAGGAAGACACCUCCCCUUACAAACAGAAGGACAAUUCAGUGGAGGCAAAGUCUUGUGUUACUCAGAGUGUUAAAACUACUCAAGCAUACCCAAAACUUUCCACUGUCCAAAGCACUCCUGAAAAAUCUUUAGGAAAAGAAAAACAAGUACAAAAGGAGUUGCCUGCCAAAGAGCCAGUAACACAGAGAAGUUGCGAGCCUAUCCCUGCAAAGGUGGAGCUGAUCAGGGAGUCAUCUCCGAAGGUCUCAGAUGUCCUGGUAACAAGCUACUCCAAAAGCAAUGAAAAAAAUGCUGAUUUUGCUGUUCCACCUCAAAUGCAAGGAAAAAUGCAGGCAGCUGGCCCCAAAGCACAACCUAAGGAGAGCAGAGAAUCACUGAAGCAGCUAGGCAAAGAUGACAGUAAUGUUGCUACUAGUUUUAUGCAAAAGGACAUAACCAAGCAGAAAGUUUUCAGCGAGUCUAAGACAGUUACCACAGAGUCGAAGAGUGAAGGUCUUCCAUUCAAACGGCCAAUGCAACCAUCCAUAGAUUGUUAUCCUAAAAAUGAGAACUCUGCACUGCCUUCCUCUGUGCAGAAGGAAAAUGCUAAAGAUUUAGGAAAGAAAGAUCAGAAACAGUUCACUGAUAUAAAGCUUCAGACUACUGAGAGACAGCAGUCCAGCCAAGUUUCUCGGCAGCAACUUAGUGCUUCAGGCUCCUCUGCUGUGAGAGAUAUCUUAAGCAAAACCUGUGCUGUAGAUGUUCACUCAGGUGUUCAAGAACAUGUGAAGCCUGCUGCCCCCUAUGUAGAAAGCAGCAGUAACAAACAAAGGCAAGUCUCUGAUUUGAGUACGUCUAAGUCUAAGUAUUUGGAUAAACAGACAUUGUCACAAAAACCAUGCACUCCAGCUGUGAAAGAAAAAGAAACUAUUAAUCAGCUAUCUACCAGCUCCCGGAAAGAUGGGAAACAUGCCAGUAAAAAUGUAUUAGAUCCCUUUUCUUCUGCUUCAGGCUCUUUGAAAAAAACGCACACUGAACAGGUGCAGGCUGAAAGGCCUGUGAGUUUGGAGCAUGGCUCAGUAACCACCAUCCAAAUGAGCAGCAUCACUUCUGAUACCAAACUCAAAUCCUCCACUGUAGGCCCAGUACUGGCAGGCCCAGAGAAUUCCAAGCAGCUUCAGAGGCAAGAACCAGCAGGCCUGGGGGAGUCUGCUAAUCAAAAACAACUUCACCUCAGUGAAAAACAAACUAUGUCUCCAAAGUUUUCCACUGUGAAAGACUGUCUCUUGCUAAGCAAACAGGCAGACAGAAGUCCUAAUAACGAGAUGACCUCUGCAGACAAGAGACCCGAAGGAAAAAUCUGCACUGACGCACUUUAUGUUCAGCUUGACAGUGGAAAAGUAGAGCCUACCCUUUGCCUUGCAAGCUGCGAUGCCAGAGGGAAAGGAGCAGAAAAAUCGACCACAAGUAGCAAAAGCUCUCAAGAUUCAAAAGGGAAAGGACAAGUUAUUCAAAAACAGCCAGAGGAUGCAAACAAGCAGAUUGCAAUAAAACAAUUGUCGGCUGCCGGUGGGCAGAGUUCUUCUGUGGCUGCAACACCAGGAAAGCCGUUGACUUGUUCAGCCAGUAUCUCUGAAUGUAGACAAGAAGUAUCUGGUUUGUCUUCAUUGAAGAGUGAUGCAUCUGCAGCAAAGGUUAAAGCAGGCUCACCUGAGCUUCCUGCAACCUGCAAGGAACUAAAUAAGAAAACCACCUCUUCCGCAGGGAGCACUAAGGCAGAAAUGACUACGAGUGUUUCACUGAUGGCCUUGCACAGUACUGCUGUUGUGGUAGAAGCCCAUUACCCUGCUUCAAACCUUGGUGGGAAACCUGGAAGUCAAGAAAAGUCUUUUUUUAACACUGUGGAUGCAAAGGGAAAAGAUGCCAUUCAGGCUCAGCAGUCUGCUUCAAGAAAACAGAAUGUAGGCAAAGAUCUGUCCAGGUCAGCAAUCACACCAGACCGCCCUAACGCGCUUUUUGAUGACAAAGACUCAGUGCGGCAGCGGCGGGGAAAGGAAGCUUCACGGAGCAGCCCUCACAAAAAAUCCAGUUAA